CAGAAACCUGCCACUGCCACUGCCACCGCUUUCAUUACGCCUUGUUUAAGAAACAGGCGUUGGCUUCGGCUUUUGAUUUCCACUUUUUGGAAGAGAACAAAAUAACACAUUCGUCCCCUGUUCUUGUUCCUGAGUUCUUUGGUCUUCAAUCGACAUGGUCAUGGGGGCUAUACAUCCACAGAGCCCUGCCUCCAGAAGUGGGCCCUGUAAGGGUGAAGAUAAAGUACGGACGCUGGCGACGGAAGUAAAGAAGGGUGAUGAUGAUCAGGUAAAAGAAGAAGCAGCAUCACCAUCGAUGAAGUUGUGUAUUGGGAUUGGUGAUGAUGAUCGUGGCCCCUCGAUCAGACACGGGAAGGCUCUGCUAACAGAGGCACAGCUGGUAGAGCUUCAGCGACAAGUGAUUAUAUACAAGUACAUAGCCACAGGACUUCCUGUGCCUUCCACUCUUGUACUUCCCUUUUGGAAGAGUGUGGACUCGUCGUCCGGCUCCGUUAAUGGUGAAAUCCUCGGACCAUAUCCAAGCUUUGAGGGAUACAGUCCUCAGGAAUUUGAUUAUAGAAAUAUGAUGGACCCAGAACCAGGGAGGUGUAGAAGAACUGAUGGGAAGAAAUGGAGGUGUAAGAAAAAUGUGGUUUCUGGGCAUAAGUAUUGUGAGCAGCAUAUGCACAGAGGCCGUAAGCGUUCAAGAAAGCCUGUGGAAGCUUCUCAAAUGCACACUGCUAAUGCAACAUCACUGAAAAAUCCAAGCAAGACAUCACAGAAUCCAAGCACCAGUAAUUCCAUUUCAAUUGCUGCAACUCUCUCAAAUAACACUGGUAUAAGCCAUAAGAACUAUGGCACCGCCUGCAGUAGCGCUAAUGCCCAAAUCAUUGGUUGUACAACAGAAGCUGCUACUGUGGUUAGUGGCCAGAAAGCCAUUAGCACAAGCUGGAACCCCAGGGGCAUAUCUGGAUGUUUAAAUGCCAAUGCAAUUAUGAUCACCAGCAGUGUUCCCACGGACUCUACCAUCACCACAGCAACUACAGGAGGUAACAAGGGUGGAAGUAAGUACAAUCACGAGACAAACAGUUUUGCUGAUAGGAAUGUCAACUGUAGCGACAGUAUUGGUCUGAAGAAUCUGAUUUAUGAAGGCAACAGCAGCAGAAACUUCAAAAAUGCCAAAGGUGUCACAUCUCAAGGAUUGAACUUCUCACCAAAGAGUGUUCUUCAAGUUCAAGGUUGUGGCACCGCAUACUUGUACCGAAGCUAUGUAGAUGUUGAACCGGGGAGGUGCAGAAGAACAGAUGGUAAGAAGUGGCGAUGCCGCAGAGAUGUUGUUCCUGGUGAGAAGUAUUGCAAGAUUCACAUGCAUAGAGGUGCAAAGAAGCCUAUGGAAGCUUCCCAGUCACCUGCUCUACUCAAUGCCACUCCUGAGACCUCCACCACAACUGCUACCUUGCUCAAGAAGGCUGAUGGUAUAAACUUAAACACUACUCUCUCUAUCUCAUUAUCUGCAAAUCAUCAACUUGGGACUAAUGAUACUACUAGUGACACUACUAUCAGCAAUAACAGUGACACCAUCAUCAGCAACACCAUAAUCGCCCCCUGCGAAAAUGGAGACUCCUCUUCUUAGCUUACACCUUAUGUAUGAUGUUAGUAUGUGUUAAGUUGUGUUUCUAAUCUAAUAUGAAUACAUGUAACCCGUGACCAAUGAACCAUUUCUCUAUAUAGCUGGUGGAGAAUUUGACUUCUGUAACUAUGUAAGAGGCUGAAUGGUUAAUUAAAGUGUUUGCUGAAAUAGUUACUUUUUCUCCA